UGCCGGGAGCGACAUGUACGAAAUGUGGCGCGUGUUGGAGUCAGAAUUAGAAGUUUUACAUUUUAGUUCUUAUCGCUAUUACUGUUAUUAUAGUUGCUAGAAUCGUUAUAAUUCGUGUUGUUGUUGUAGUAGUAGUUAUAUAAUAAUUGUCGUUGUAGUUGUAGUACAUGUGGGAGAUUUGCCAGUCUCUUGAACAUUUUAAAAGCGUUGCACGAAGUGAAUCUCGUCACCGCCGCGGCGGCUGCUCCGCUCCGCGUGGCGACAUCGCGCUGGGAGGACGAGGAGAGGUGGAAGAAGGUGGAGCAGUGUCAUCACCGCGCUCUCUCCGCUGCUGAAUGUUAAUGGCUGCGUCAACAACCGGCAUGGACGGGCCCUCCCGGAGGAUUCGGCGAUUCCUGCCCGCCGCCGCCACCACCGCCACCACCGCCACCACCGCCACCACCGCCACCACCGCCACCACCGCCCGGCCACGCUGCCAACGCCCGAGGCGGUGUCCCACAGUCCCGGCGAUGGACCCGGCUCCACUCCCAACCAACCACAACAACCACAACAACCGCCACAACCACCACCGCCACCACCACCACCACUCACCGCCACCGCCGCUGGAUAACACCGGGGCGAGGCGGCGGCGUGGGGGAGGUCGCGAGGUCGAGGGAGCGGAGGGACGCGGGAACGUCCCCCGGGGAGACGGAGCGGCGGAGGGUGGAGCGGGUGGAGGUGGUGGAGUGGGUGGAGCGGGUGGAUCUGGUGGAUCUGUUGGAGGUGGUGGAGGUGGUGGAGGAGGUGGUGGAGCGGGUGGAGGAGCGGAGGGACGGGGGAACGUCCCCCGGGGAGACGGAGCGGCGAGGGAGGUGGUGCCGCUGGAGCUGAGGGGUCGACGCUACGGAACACGCGGCGCAAGAGACUUCAUCCAGAUGGCCGUCACCGCUCCACCCAACGUUGAUCUCCUGUCCACCACCACCUCCACUGUGGCCCAGCCUCCACCAUCUCCACCAGGACCCACCACCACCACCCUCUCAUCCACCACCACGCCACCACAUGCCACCACCACCACCACGCCACCACACGGCACCACGGCAACCACCACCACCACGCCACCACGAGCCACCACCGCCACCACCACUACCCUCUCAUCCACCACGCCACCACAUGCCACCACGGCAACCACCACCACCACGCCACCACAUGCCACCACCGCCACCACCACGCCACCACACGGCACCACCGUCACCACCACGACCACCAGCAGCGUCACCGUCGCGGCGUUGGCACAGCGGCUGAGCUUGCCGCCGGCGCGCUCCCUCGCCGCCACGUUCCACCACCACCUCCACCACGUCCCCGACGUCUUGGCCUCGCCCACUCGCCCUCCGCCCGGCGGCUAUCGGCACAACUCCGGCUACAACCGCUGCACCGGUGACGGUGACGGUGGUGACGGUGGUGAUGGUGGCGACGCUUGCGACGUUGGUAGGUGCCUGCGUCUAUCGCCGCGUCACCGCCACCACCACCGCAAUCGCCACAACCACCGCGCCAACUUUGGGUGGAGGCUUCCGACAAUCGCGACCACCGCCGGCACCACCACCACCGGCACAACCGGCACAACAACCGCCACAACCGCCACCACCGUGGCGGGCUGCUUCCUGAUGCUGUCUCCUCGCACGCCGCGCGGGUCGACGCUCUCGCCGCCAACCAAAUCUCCCUUCUUGGAGUGCUUCUUCCCCGACCUGCCGAUGCCGCCGUUGAAGAUUCACCACCAUCACCACCAGCACCGUGGUGACGGUGGUGGUGGUGGUGACGAUCGCUAUGGCGAUGUUGAUGAUGAUGGUGGUGGCGGUGGUGGUGAAGAUGAUGGUGGUGGUGUUGGCGUUGAUCGCGACGAAGAUGAUGGUGGUGGUGGCGGUGGUGGCAAUGACGAAGAUGGUGAUGGUGGUGGUGUUGGUGAUGUUGGCGUUGAUCGCGACGACGAAGAUGAUGGUGGUGGUGGUGGCGAUGAUCGCUAUGGCGACGACGAUGGUGAUGGUGGCGAUGAUGACGAAGAUGGUGGUGGUGGUGAUGGUGGUGGGGAGGAAGAGAUGAGGACAGAGGCUGUAGAUGUUGGAGCGGACGACGGUCGACUGACCGUUGGGGCAGCGGUGGUGGACGCUGAGAUGGUGGAGGUGGUGGACGCCGAGAUGGUGGAGGUGGUGGACGCUGGCCGGGGCGUCCUGCCGGAGAUGGCCGCGCUAGACACCACAGCGGUGUGCGCAGUGGGACCGCGGGAAGAGACGCAACAGCCUGUCGUGUGCAAAGAAGGGGCCGGUGAGUCCGUUCCAGUAGUUCCGGUGGCUCCGGCUCCUCCACGCAGCCAGCGCGUGUCCCAGAUCCGGAUCCGUAAGACGCCGGUCCGCUCCGGGACUUCCCUCACCCCCAUGGGCCUCCCCAAGGCAAAGCGGCUGAAGAAGUCCGAGUUCACAGUGGAGGAGAUUUAUCUGAACCUGAACUACGUCACCCCCGUCAAGCAUCGGCCGAUAGAGACGAUCUUCGAGGAGCCGCUGACGAGGAGAGUGCUGGGCACCGCCACCACCACCGCCACCACCGCCACCACCGCCACCGCCACCACAACCGUCAUGCUGAUGAGCCAGCAGAAGCGUCGUCGCGCCGUCGAGUUCCGUGACUGCUCCCUGGAGCGGCGUAGAGAGAAGCUGCGGUGUCUGGCGGCCGAGCUCGGAGACUAG